AAACUUAUACUUCUAAAGUAUAUUAGUUUUUAAUUUACAAGUGAAAAUGGAAAUGUUUAAUAGACCCAAACCUGGUGAUCAAGAAGAUGACGUUCUUAAAAUGCAAACAGCCUUCCUUGCCGAAAAGCAAAAAAAUCCGAAUAUCCAACCAGCUGCUAAAGUAAUUAAUGCACGAAAACAUUCUGCAGAAAAUUGUGCAACCCCUGAGACUCAAGCUAAAAAGAAAUCCAAGUUUGCAGCAAGUCGUAGUACAUGUACAAAAAAUGAUGAAGAACGAUCUCGUUGUUAUUCUAACGUUCUUAAAGAUGCAGAGGAAAGCCAAUCUAGUAAUAGUAACAUAACGUCAAAACUAGAAGAUAAUGUGUUUUAUCCUAUCCCCAAAGGCAAAGUUUUGGGAGAUAUAAUUGAAAGACCAAAUACGUCAUGUAAUAUUUCACAUGAAAAUGAAAUGGAAACACAACCUGCUACACAUUUUCCUGAGGUUAAGAAGAUACAUCACUAUGUAUGUUUAAGAUGA